UUAGCCCUGUCGGCAUUUUCAAUAGAAGAAGAAGAAGUUAAACAGUGCUGUGUUUUUUUUUAUAACAAACGCAAAUUAGUUAAUAAAUUCUGGCGCAGAACCGGCAUUUGAGCGAUGGAAACGCAACCUGAGGUGCCCGAGGUGCCGCUGCGACCGUUUAAAUUGGCGCAUCAGGUUGUGAGCCUCACGGGCAUCAGUUUCGAGCGGAGGAGCAUAAUCGGCGUGGUCGAGCUGACCAUUGUGCCGAACAGCGAGAAUCUGCGCCUGAUACGCCUGAAUGCCAAGCAGCUGAGAAUCUACAGCGUCGUUUUGAACGAUGUCUGCCAGGCGGAUUUCACGUACUUCGAUCCCUUCCAGAACAUCUGCUACAAGGAGCACAAGAGCCGCGCGCUGGAGGUCUACUCCAAGCAUCAUCUGACCGCCGCCCAGUACACCGAUCCCGAUGUGAACAACGGCGAACUGCUCAUCCAGGUUCCGCCCGAGGGCUACUCUAUGAUCCAGGAGGGUCAGGGUCUGCGCAUCCGCAUCGAGUUCUCGUUGGAGAAUCCCAAAUGCGGCGUACAUUUUGUCAUACCACCCGCUUCAACGGACGAGGAGACACAGAUGAACAGCUCGCAUAUGUUCACCAAUUGCUAUGAAAACUCGUCGAGAUUGUGGUUUCCCUGCGUGGACAGUUUCGCCGAUCCCUGCACCUGGCGGCUGGAGUUCACUGUCGACAAAAAUAUGACCGCCGUUUCGUGUGGAGAACUUCUAGAAGUCAUUAUGACCCCAGAUCUGCGAAAGAAAACCUUCCACUAUUCGGUUAGCACACCAGUAUGUGCACCAAAUAUUGCGCUGGCUGUGGGUCAGUUUGAGAUCUACGUGGAUCCGCACAUGCAUGAAGUGACCCACUUUUGUCUGCCCGGAUUGUUGCCGCUGUUAAAAAAUACGGUUCGCUAUUUGCACGAGGCAUUUGAAUUUUACGAGGAGACCUUAUCUACGCGCUACCCAUUCAGUUGCUACAAACAAGUGUUUGUAGACGAAUUGGACACGGACAUAAGUGCCUAUGCCACUAUGAGCAUUGCUUCGGUGAAUCUGCUGCACUCCAUAGCUAUCAUCGAUCAGACCUAUAUAUCUCGAACCUUUAUGUCGCGCGCUGUGGCUGAGCAAUUCUUCGGCUGCUUUAUUACAUCCCAUCAUUGGUCGGACACCUGGCUGGCCAAGGGCAUUGCGGAGUACCUGUGUGGAUUGUAUUCCAGGAAGUGCUUCGGCAACAACGAGUACCGUGCUUGGGUGCAAUCUGAACUGGCGCGUGUCGUUCGCUACGAGGAGCAGUAUGGCGGCAUUAUUCUCGAUUGCAGUCAGCCGCCAGCUCCUUUGCCUGUUUCGGGCACAAAUCAAUCGGCGGCUUCCAGCAAACAGCAGGAGAUUGUCCACUAUUUUCCCAUCAAGAGUUUGCACACCGUAUCGCCGAAGUAUGUGGAGGCGAUGCGAAGGAAAGCGCAUUUCGUAAUCCGGAUGCUGGAGAACCGCAUCGGGCAGGAGCUGCUGAUUCAGGUGUUCAAUAAGCAAUUGGCUUUGGCUUCAAGUGCGGCAACGACAAAGAUCGGUGCAGGACUCUGGUCUCAGCUGCUCAUCUCGACCAACAUUUUUAUCAAGGCCAUCUUCACCGUAACCGGAAAAGAUAUGUCUGUCUUCAUGGACCAGUGGGUGCGCACUGGAGGGCACGCCAAGUUUUCGCUCACAUCUGUGUUCAAUCGCAAGAGAAACACGAUUGAACUGGAAAUCCGCCAGGACUAUGUUAAUCAGCGGGGAAUUAGAAAAUACAAUGGUCCAUUGAUGGUGCAGCUGCAGGAGUUGGAUGGAACGUUUAAGCACACAUUGCAGAUUGAGAGUACCCUGGUAAAGUCCGAUAUCACUUGCCACUCGAAGAGCAGGCGUAACAAAAAGAAGAAGAUCCCCUUGUGCACCGGUGAGGAAGUGGAUAUGGAUUUAUCAGCCAUGGACGACUCACCUGUGCUUUGGAUCCGCCUCGAUCCCGAAAUGAUUCUGCUGCGCGACCUCAUAAUCGAACAGCCCGACUUCCAGUGGCAGUAUCAGCUUCGGCAUGAACGUGAUGUUACUGCUCAAUUUCAGGCGAUUCAAGCCCUGCAAAAGUACCCCACGAAUGCCACCAGGCUUGCUUUAACCGACACCAUAGAAAGCGAACGUUGCUUCUAUCAGGUGCGCUGCGAGGCAGCCCAUAGCUUGACCAAAGUGGCCAACCAGAUGGUGGCCUCCUGGAGUGGACCGCCCGCCAUGCUGAACAUAUUUAGGAAGUUUUUCGGCUCAUUUAGUGCUCCGCACAUUAUCAAACUGAACAACUUCUCCAACUUUCAGCUGUACUUCCUGCAGAAGGCUAUUCCCGUAGCCAUGGCAGGUCUGCGCACAUCUCAUGGUAUUUGCCCGCCGGAAGUGAUGCGUUUUCUUUUCGAUCUCUUCAAGUACAACGAGAAUUCGCGUAACCAUUACACGGAUGCAUACUACAGGGCAGCUUUGGUAGAAGCUCUAGGCGAAACCUUAACACCUGUGGUCUCCGUUGCUAUCCAUGGCACACAAAUCACUACGGACAGUCUAUCCACGGAUGCGAAACUUGUGCUAGAUGAAGUUACACGUCUGCUGAACAUGGAGAAACAUCUACCCUCGUACAAGUACAUGGUGUCCGUGUCGUGUCUGAAGGUCAUCCGGAAGCUGCAAAAAUUCGGUCAUCUGCCCUCACUGCCGCACAUUUACCGCAGCUAUGCCGAAUAUGGAAUAUAUCUCGAUCUCCGCAUUGCUGCUAUGGAGUGUCUCGUGGACUUUGUGAAAGUGGAUGGGCGCAGCGAGGAUUUGGAACAUUUGAUUACUCUGCUGGAAACUGAUCCGGAUCCGGCUGCUCGCCAUGCACUGGCCCAACUGCUGAUCGAUAAUCCGCCUUUCACACGCGAAUCUCGCAGCCGUCUGGAUAAACCCAAUCUCGUGGAUCGUCUAUGGUUCAGUAUUAACCGCUUGCCCUACGAUACCAAGCUGCGCUGCGAUAUUGUCGAUCUGUACUACGCACUGUACGGAACUAAGCGUCCGAAUUGCUUGCAGGCCGGCGAGAACCAAAGCUUCUACAAGGAUUUGAUGAAGGACAAUAAUAGCAGUGUAGGCAGCGUAACCGGCAGCUUCAAGAAGACCAGUGAUUCAAAGUCACAUUUGCCAACACCAACGAAUACUUUGGACAAUGAGCCACAGGAGCGGCAAAAGCCGGCAAUGGUUACCAUCAAGCGAACGGCCACAGAAGCAUUUGAGGUGGGCGAUGAGAUUAUCAAGCUGGAACGCAGCGAGGAGAUCACCGUGCUAGAUGAACCAGUUAACGUGCAGGCCUAUGACAGUGAGACCAAAGUGAAUGCCCUGCAGGCAGAUGAAGAAGCACGUGAUACCCAUCAGGCUGCCAAGCGCCUUAAGAACGAAAUGUACGCCGAGGAUGAUAACUCAUCCACAAUGCUCGACGUGGGCGACUCCACCAGAUAUGAGAGUAGCCACGAGGAGGGCAAAUUGAAGUCCGGCGAUGGUGGGCUCAAGAAGAAAAAGAAGAAGGAGAAGAAGAAGCAUAAGCACAAACACAAGCAUAGGCACAGCAAGGACAAGGACAAGGACAAGGACAAGGAGCGAAAGGAUAAGGACAAGCGUGACCCGCAUAUAUCACGCCUGCAGGCGCGCGAGACAGCCACUCCGGACACUCUCAGCUCGGAGGACAGUAGCAACAGCAAUAGCCUGCCGCCCAUGAACCUUAACUAAGUGAGGGUUCUUGCAGGUGGGGAAACUGCAAUGUUUGGGGGAUAGAUGACAGAAUAAAGGUAUAAUACCUUAGACAUUACAUUUCUUAAAGGGGUUAACAUUAUUUGUUAGUUUUAUUCAUAUGUUUAUUUGUCGGUUUAUAAUUUAACAUUAAGGAAGUGUGCUGAAACAUUUUUACAAUACUUACAAACU